CUUCACUCCUGCCUCAACCUGCAGUUUUGGUGGCGUGACUUUGCAGGCCGGUUUAAAAAAAGUUAAAGUUAUCAAGCGUGGCUUUUAUUACUGUUCUGUUUGUAGUAUCUGUGCAGCGUGUCUGUCUUGUUGCUGAAUGACUCCGCGUGAAACAUGAUCCCAGUUUUCAAUGCUAGCUAGGCAGCUCACAUAAACUUAGUGGUACUGAUUUUGUUUUAAUCACAAUCUCGCGUGAAAAACAUUGCUUGUCACCCUGUCACGGCAUUACGGUGUCGUCGUGUGAAUAGGAUGAUUCAGACCCUGAAAAGUGCGAGACACUUGGCCACAGCAGCUAUGAAACACAGAGUGUCAGAGUUUCGUGUGCCUGUUCCAUGGGGAGAGAUGAGGGGCAGGAUUUGGGGUCCAGAUGGGCGUCCAGUGCUGUGUAUUCAUGGCUGGUCAGACAACAGUGGCUCUUUCAACAACCUGAUUCCACUGCUGCCCAGCGAUUGGAGAUGUUUGGCCAUAGAUUUGCCUGGUCAUGGCUUCUCCUCUCAUAGACCUGCAGGAGUUUUCUACAGCUUUCCUUAUUAUGUUGCAGACAUGAAACGAGUCAUAGAAGCUGUUCAGUGGAAACGCUUUUCCAUAAUAGGACACAGUAUGGGUGGGAACAUGGCUGGAAUGUUCAGCGCAUUGUAUCCGGAGAUGGUGGAGGCUCUAGUGCUCCUGGACUCUUAUGGGUUUCUCCCAGCACACAUGGAAAAAAUAAACGAAAACCUAAGGAAAGGCAUGGAUGAAAUGUUGGACUAUGAAAAAAAGAUGACUGACCGGAAAGAAAGGAUCUACACGUAUGAGGCAGCCAAAGAAAGGCUGAAGGAGGCAAAUCCAUUUCUUUCAGACCAGUCUGCUGAAAUCCUUCUAGAACGAGGAGUUAAGCAGGUGGAUGGAGGAGUGGUGUUCAGCAGGGACAUCAGAAUCAACUUUACUAACAUUGCACGAAUUACCUUGGAGCAGAGUCUGAGUUUGUUGGCGCAGAUAAAAGCUAAAGUGUUAGUAUUGCGGGCCAGUGAUGGUUUGCUAAAGAUCUUUCCCCAACCUGAGGACUUAUUUGAAGGCUUACAAAAGGGCUGGGAAACCAGAAGCACUAUUGUGAGUGUCGAAGGAGACCAUCACAUCCACAUGAACAACGCGUCGGUUGUGGCACCAAUCAUCACUGACUUCCUGCAAUCUGUGACGCCUCAACACACCGCCAACCAAACUGCCAAAUUAUGAAAAGCCCAUCACACAUAUUUCUGUGUGCACUUUCAUAUUCAGGGCCCAGUUUCCCAGAAGCAGCUUAAUGUUAAGAUCAUCUCAACUGGUAGACAGAGUGUUCAGUGUGAUGCACGCUGUACCUUUACAGAAUUAUCUUUAGCUAAGAUGCUUUUGGGAAACCCAGCCCAGGUCGGUUUCAGUACUCUCACAAGUAAUAUAGAUUUUUUCCAGGUCAUUCAUGUCUUAAGUUCCAUUCAUGUCUAUGCAAAAUAACGAAGUCAUACAGUAAGAUAAUGUCGUAAUGGGUAUUUUCAAUUAAAAUGUUCUGUAUGCUGUACACUGGGCGGUCAGACACCAGUCUUGGAGUGCCACACUUCUGCUAAAUUUACACACCAGAUUCAGCUCAUCAGCUAAUUACAAAGCCUUUCAUGAGUCGUGUUAAAGAGCUUACAUCAUGGGAUACUAAAUUUUCCUUGCUUUUUUAAAAAUUGUUCCGAUUUCAAGAAAUACUAUUCACUUCUCAAACCAUACAGUUCAUAUAUAGAAAUUAUACAGCCCAUUUUGGAUUUGUUGGGGUUAUGAUGUCGCAGUAACGGCAACAAAAACAGCCUGUUUAAUUGGUUAAAAAAUGAUCAUGUGAAAUGAUUUAUGUUCAUUUUGGUACAAAAACCCACACAACUGUUAAAAUAAAAUAACAGGAAAAGUUUGUAUAUAUAGAAAUGCUGAAAUCUGCAGUGCGUGGCUCUCCAGCACCUCAGUUUGGUCUCAGUUUGACAUUCUUGCCAUACAGGGUAAACAACAUGAAAACUAAUUUUGUAAUAAUUUUAUGAGUACAUUGACUGAACAACUAAACUCAUGAGUAUUUUUUUUAUAUUUAUAACACAGUCUAAAAUGUUUUAUACAUAUGCUGUGGUGUAGUCUGAUUCUGUAAUAUACUGGUGCUGUUAAUUAA